GAUCUUGUUCCCUGAGACAAAGGCUGGUGCAGAGGGCAUGUGAAUAAAUCAUGAGGGGCCCACAGCAGGCCAGCAGGCCAUAGCUGACCUCAUUCUGGAAGUGAGAGUAAGCAGCUGCGUGGUUGAGGAGACCCAGCUGGGACAGAAAAGGUACCACGCCUAUACCCAUGGCCCUACCCGAGGGCCCAGCAGAUGGCAGCCUCCCUGAAGGGGACUCCAGUCCAUCCACAGGCACCGCAGGACCCAGCCAAGACAUAGCCAGCCCUACUGCCCGCAGACGGGCCCUCCUCCGUGAGCUGGAAGCCCAGGUGCAGGCUGCCUACGGACAGAACCGAGAGCUGAGACCAGAAGAGAUCGAAGAACUGCAGGUCGCCUUCCAGGAGUUUGACCGAGACCGGGAUGGCUACAUUGGCUACCGGGAGCUGGGUGCCUGCAUGCGGACUCUGGGCUACAUGCCCACGGAGAUGGAACUCAUUGAGAUAUCACAGCAAAUCAGUGGUGGGAAGGUGGAUUUUGAAGAUUUUGUGGAGCUGAUGGGUCCCAAGCUGCUGGCAGAGACGGCAGACAUGAUUGGCGUGAGGGAGCUUCGAGACGCUUUCCGGGAGUUUGACACCAAUGGGGAUGGCUGCAUCAGCGUAGGGGAGCUCCGGGCAGCCCUCAAGGCUCUGUUGGGGGAACGCCUCAGCCAACGGGAAGUAGAUGAGAUACUCCAAGACAUUGACCUCAAUGGAGAUGGCCUGGUUGACUUUGAAGAAUUUGUUCGGAUGAUGUCUCGGUGAGCCUGUGUAGCAGCAGUGGAC